AUGCCUCGCCUUCUAGAUCUUCCGCCUGACAUCACCACACAAAUUUUCGGCUACUUCGAAAGGAAAGUCGAUAUUCACAGUUCCGGUCCUGCACAGCGUCAAUGGGAUGGCCUCGUCACCUUGCAAGCCUGCCGCUUGACAUGUCGCGGUCUCAACGAGCUCGUCAGCGGCAUGCUCUGCCCGGUCUUUCGCGGAUCCCUGGACAAGACAUCCAUGGAGCGGAUCAAGGGUCUUUCACGAAACCCUCUCAUUGCAGAGGGGAUGCGAGCGGUAGAGAUCAACCUGGCAUUCCGACCGGUAUCUAUUGCCACGAGCUUGGCUACCUACUGCAAGUCUGUGACGGAGAAGGUCGACGAGUUUCGGAGGAGUUGUCAUUAUGAUACGGAAUUCCAAGAGUAUGAGGAUGAAGAUUUAUCGGAUGCUGCAGUCAACCACCGGGCUCUUCUGGCGGCUGAAGAUCGUCUGUUUCUUAUCCGAGAGAGCUUCUGGCAGUGCGUGGAGCCGGGGGCAUGUCGAACUGCAGAUGUCUCAUGUCAGCUGCUGCUGAGGGAUUGUUUCGCAAGGUACGCUCUCCGGCAGCAAGAUGAGGAGGAGAUCGUCAACGACGGCUCGUUCGUCAACACCAUUGCAACGGCGAUGGCGCGGUUCAAGCAUUCCGCCUAUCUGACGUUUGUGGACGAGGCGGACAUAUAUCCAAGAAGCGAUGCCGUGACGGUGGCGUACGACAAUGAUCUUCUUGCACGGCACAUGCUCCAACCCCAUGACUGGUUGUCAGCCGAGACCAAGAUCGAACAAGCGACGCUGCUCCCAGCAAGACUCCUCGUUGAGUUUCCAAUCGCAUGCGCACGGCUAGGCGUUCCGUUGCAAGGACUAGACAUCGGCUGCUUUCCACUCAAGACACUUUUCACUUCUCUGAUUCCGUCGGAUUCCACGAGAGACCGCCCGACCAUCUGGUCAGAGCUGUCAGGAGCAUGUCGAGAGCUGAAGACAUUCCAGAUUGGACGAAGGGGCAUGCACUGUACACCAUAUCGAGAGCAGCGGAUAUCCCCGGAGAACUGCGAUAUCAUAAACGGGUAUUUGGGCACUACUUGCUCGAGCCCUGAGCUUGAGUCUGUCUACAUCUCCAUGUGUCCGUUCAGGGUGUGUGGAAGCAGAAAGGACUCUCCAGACCUACUUUACCAAGCAGGGAGUUUUCUUCGCCUACUGAACAGCUCCUCACUCACCCGUAUCGAGAUACUAAACGUCGAAGUGUCCGGCUCGGACCUCGAAUCGAUGAUCAGCACCCUGCCCCGAUACCGCAUGAGGCACAUCAGGCUAUGCGACAUCACUGUAAACGAAGGUGGCUUCGCAGACACCGUGGAGAUCUUGCGCUCGAUCAAGGAAGACUCCAAAAGCUGCGAUAUCGAUCUCUCCACGCUAUAUGGCGGGGAGUUCGGCCCUUCGCGCGGCUUUGACGGCAGUAGCUCCUUGUUCGACGAUGAGGACGGAGACGCUUUUUGUGACCGGCUUGAAGAGCACAUGCACCCGCCGCUGCUGCGAUUGACUACCGCUCUUCACGGCGCCCUCGACCGAAUUCGGGUUCCCAAGGACGUAGAGGAGAUACCGAAGAUCAUCGAGUCGCAGCCAACAUCGCUGGGCACUGUCACUCUCAGGUACAACCAAGAGACCGAGGGACUCGCAAAGCUCGUGGCCAUUGCAAAGGCAGAAACCUUAGUUGGUUGA